UCAGACGGAGCCAUUGUUUCAGAUGAUCCCAGCGCAGGCGGUUCUAUGUCUGUGCAUCUGCCUUGUUGAUGCUCGUCAACUACAGAACAAAAACAUUGUCGCAGUUUGCCAAUAUCAUUUGUACUGUAGCGUCGCCCCCUGUCCUCCAGGAGUUUCUCUGUUAUGAAAGACCUUUUAGUACAUUAGAAUCAUGUGAUACAUGUUGUAUGUAGUGAGAAGACGGGGGAACGUCACACACAUUCACCUAUAGAACUUGUUGAUCUGGAACAUCAGUGUGAUGAGCCAUCAGUGAUUCCCUUCCUGGCCACGAGGGGGAGAGCUGCUGCCUCCCGCUUUGAUUCUGACAUCACAUGGAAAAUAUUUGUCACGAUUUGUGCAACACAUCACUUUAAUCCGAUUUGCAACAACUGACAAGGACCUGCAACGUAACUGAUGCGAAGUGGAGGGUUUUCUUCAUCAGGAUAAGUUUGAGGAAAGAGGUUUUGUUUUUCUUCGUUACUUGCUGUAGUGUGUAUAUAUUGUUCAUAAAAGCAGAGCUAUUGAUAAUGUAAGUUAUUGUAGAUAUAAAUAUACACAGAUGUUGUUUUUUCACAUGUGUCCAUGGAUCUGAGUGUAACAAGCUCAUCUUUGAAUCACCAUCUGUGUUGAUGUAGCUGUGUUGCAUGUCAGAUGUAAGACUGUCUUUUCUUUUUUUUGGAAACUAUUGAUAGCAGCGGCGGUUGCUGCUCUGUCUGACAAGGGAAGCUCAUAUUACAGGCCAGUGUUUCCCAAACUUUAUCGGACACAUAUACAGCUUCUUCAAACCUCAACCAAACUGUUUGAAGUGUCGUUCUCAGUGAACAAAAGAAAUUCAAUUACAAAUGUCCCUGGUCGAACAACACAGUGAGAUCAAAAUAAAUUAGCCAUGUAAAUUAUUCCGGGCCGCCCCCCAGUUUGGGAACCAGUCAUUUUCAACAUAAAGUCUGCUCUGCAGUCGUUUUGCUCAGCUACAGAGUGAUAUUUUCUUACUAUUUUUUUACUUGAUAAUAUAUCAAAUCCGCCCUCAUUACAGACCACGUCAGUUCACCUGUUUUUUAAAAGUGAGGGGAAAACAGAAAUGUCUGUUUUCACAAUGGUGGUCUUUGUUAAAGGUUUAUUAUAAACUUCCCAUGGAGGAGCUCGGCCACUAGGUCUAGGUGCAAGCCUCUUGUCUUUCCUGUUUUCAGACAAUAAAAGUGAGAAAAUGAACAAACAACUAAAACGGGGAAACAAUAAAGAUACUUUAUAAUAUAUAAUAAAUAUAAUAUAGUUCUUGAAACAAAAAGGUGUUUUUUAUUUUGAUAUAUAUAUAUAUAUACAUAUAUAUUAUAACAACAUGACUGUACAGUAUGAGAAGAGAACGUUAUCACAGAAGCUGUCGAUGAUAAAAGUUUAAUUACUAAUAAACUCAACCAUGUCAAUCAAUGUUUAGUUCACGUUUAAAACACAAAUAAACGGUGUAUAUUUGACCAUUAACUAUAUGACGUUUCCGUAGCAGCUGAGCUUCCCCUGCCGUCUGAGAGCAACCGCCGCUAAUUACAGAGAGCACUGAGGAGCAGCUAUUACACCCGAGUGAGAACAUUUCUGUCAUCAGCAUGGAGCUUGUUUUCCACUUCCUACCCAAAAGUCAACCGGUGCUUCAAGGAUGCAGUGUGAGGAGCUGUCAGCCCGAGAGGAGUUCACCUACAGCCACAUGUCCACUCUGGAGAGAGGGAGUGGAACUCUGGGACGACGGAGUGACAGGGGAUCCGAAAGGAGGUCGAACAGGGGGGAGCGAGAUAGUUACACCGUGGACGUGAGGGCCAGUGACCUGCAGCUGUCUCAGCCUGAGCCUCUAAAGCACCCCUGCUUCAGCUACAGGGCCUGGCUCUACAGUGUCCUCAUAGGGGGCAGUCUACUCAUUACGUCUGGCUUCUCUCUGUACCUGGGAAAUGUGUUUCCUCUUGCUAUGGAUUACCUGCGCUGCGCUGCCGGUUCUGGCGUCCCUGCAGCCAUAGCCAGCCUGGCCAUUGCCAAAAACGGACGUGUUGCGGUGUCAGAUUUCCAAGUGGUCUUUGUGUCAACCUUCGCUGUAACAACCACCUGUCUAGUUUGGUUUGGCUGUAAACUGGUCUUGAACCCGUCUGCCAUCAACAUCAAUUUUAACCUCAUCUUGAUGCUGUUGUUGGAGCUGCUGAUGGCCAGCACCGUCAUCCUGUCGGCUCGCUCUGUGGAUGAUUGCUGCUGCCACAGGAAGUCAUACGACAGACCUGUGGUUGUUACACCAGCUGUGUUCCCCACUCGACUCCUCAAAGCAUAUUCAGUGAUUGAGGUGAUCGUGGGAAUCUCUGCUGUAUUUGGUGGCAUUAUCGCUCUCAACAUGGAUGCCUUGUUACCAGGUCCGUACUUGUCCGUCACAUUCUUCUGGAUCCUGGUCGCUUGUUUUCCCAGCGCUAUUGCAAGUCAUGUGGUGUCAGAAUACCCAAACAAAUGUCUGGUGGAGGUGCUGAUUGCCAUCAGCAGUGUGACCUCCCCACUCCUCUUCUCAGCCUCCGGCUACCUCUCCUGCAGCGUGAUCAACUUUGUUGCAAUCUUUCUGCAUGAUGUGCCUACAGCCAAGCAAUCCUAUGACAUUCUGCUGCUCAUUCUGAUGGUGCUGCUGCUGGUGCAGGCAGUUCUGACUUCGGCCACUGUGGUGCACUGUGCCACCUAUAAGAGUCUGCUCCGCAUGGGAGCUCCACAGUGUGAAGACAGCAUGCACACACUCAACUACUGCUGUGAGCAGCAGGCGUCUAAUGGAGCACAGGAUUUUGACACAGACAGAGCUUGGAAGGCAGUUGUGGUCCAAAUGGCCAACUGAACAGAACACAGAACAGAGGGACGUUCUGAUGAAAAGUGCUAAAAGCUGGACUAAAACAAAUGCCAUAUAAGCUGUAAACACAAGAGCGUGAUCAUGCACAGAGAACAGACGCAGAAAGGAGGAGGAGAAAUUGUGAAGUGGUUAACAGAGGUCAGACGGAAAAGAAAAAAAAAAGAGGUUUGGGUUUAAAAAAGCACACAUACUUAAUUAUAACACACCCCCUUCAGGUACAUGAAAUGUUUGUGUGUGUUUCUUUUUAUUAGUCGGGAUUUAAUUAUAAACAUCACGUGUGUCUCCAUUUGAAUUAUGUGGAUCUGUAAAGAGAGAGAGUGAGAGGAGAGGAGAGGAGCUAAUGCAAGGUGAAGUGAUUUGUGGAACGGAAUGAGGAUCUGAUGCUGAUUGUUCAGUUUGACUGUGGCUUAUUGAUUUCAGUAUGGUUUAAAUAAUUAAAUAGGCUGUUAACAGUCAGAGAUCCCUUCAGUUUCCCUUUUAUUGAUCAGUCAGCUCCGUUGUUGUUAGCAGUUCUGUCAUGUUGUUAGGAGUUAUGAAGGAUGAAUGAAAAAUUAAUAAAUAUACAGCCUAUGAUAGCGGUAACAUAUUUACCCAUUAACUGGACACAAUUUUAAACUAUGGAUGCCAAAUGUAAGGCAUGUGGGCCAACUUUGGCUCAAUAAAUCAGUACAUUUGGUCCAGUAAAUGUAGGGUUAAACAAAAUUUUUAAAAAAGGAAAUGCUACAUGAUAUAUACUUUUUUAUACAUUUGACAUUUUAGACAUUAAAGGAUUGUUCACCUCAUAUUUUUAUUCUGAGAAUCAUAUUGGCUCCACCAAUCCCAAAUAUGGCUGAACAGUUUUAAUGAUUGGCGUUAUUUAGAAAAUUGUUAAAAUGUGAAUUUUAAUGUGAACACCAGAUUUAGAGCUUCCAAAUCUGAUGCACCUGCACCUUAUAUGUUAACAUGUAAUGUAAAGUGUUUUUUAAGGUUAUUUAGGAACAUGGAAUAUUGGAUGUAAGAAAAUGUGGCCCCUGUUGUACAUUAUUUAGAGUAAGUGAUGUUUACUGCAGCAAAGUGGAACCUGUGUGGUCAUACUGAGUAGUGAAUAGUAUAGUAGCAUUUACUAUUAAAUUCAUUUAAAAUGACAAGUCAAACAGUGACUGUAGGAGUGUAAACAACUAACAUAUGUGCCUAUGCAUCAGAGUGAGUUCCCAGGGAAUUACACACAAAUAGAUUGAAUUAAUUAUAUCCUGAUUAUGAAUUCUACUACAAUAAAUAGACAGAGUAGGCCUUAGUUUGUCCAUGUUUAUAUUCCACAAUCAGUCAAUGUGUUUCUUAGAUUUACUGUUUACUUCUACUCUCGGACUAUCAAUGACUUGCUUCGUGUGUAAAUGACAGUUUCUUGUUAGGUGACUGUACAUAUGCUCUUGUGGAAAUGGAAGUGUCUCCAGACUUCACUGACCUCACAGGGUGGUGGGUGACUGUUCUACCUAGAGGCUGUGGUCAGAGUCUUCUAGUUGUUAGAAGUAUGCUUAAAGAUAAGGGUUGUUGGAGUAGUAAUGUCUCUGUUUGACAGUUUCCCGCUCUUGGAUGAACAGCAACAACAAAACGUACUGGUUUAUCAUUUUAACCCACACCUUUGUUUGACCCCUGUUGACUGACUGUGUGUUUAUACUGCCCGAUAUUGAGUCUACUGCCCAUUGUUUUGUACAUUAAAUGACUAUUAUUUUUCUCUGAAA